CAGGUUUCCCAUAUGCGUCGCUUCAGACUCCGCCAGGUGAUCAGUGGACCUCCAUCUCUUCAACUGAACAUCACUGGAAGUCCAGUGUAAGGAGGGACAUUGGUCUGACCUUGGAAAGCCCAUGACGACGAACCAGGAAACCAUCAGUGGAGGGUCUAAAGACUGACACGUGAUCCGCGGGGUACUUGGACAAACAUCACGUGAUGUCCAACAAAGCAGGUAUUCGUUGAGUCAUUCGACGACACUCUCUCAUCCAACCAAGGGCACCCAGGGGAACUGCGACGCUUGUACACUUCUAUAACAUCGAAUAAGAUACCGUGCUCGUACUCCGCUGCCUGAGCUGCCCAGGACGUUAAGCCUGAGUAGGUAAAAGCACACAGAGGAACGACAUCAACACAGGGGCACACAGUCUGUGUGCCAAGGCUCAGGCUUUUACAUAAUAUACUUCUACCACCAGCUUGCCUGCAUAUGCGCCAUCUUGUAGGGUUUCCUUGCUCUGCUGUACGGAAUUUCUCGCUUCAUCUCCAAAGGCAUGGCUUCGACAUCUGAAUUUGAUCUCAACAUGGAAAGGUCGCCACAGUGGGAAGACCUCAGGAAGGAAAUGCACGAAGCCAUUGCGGCGGAAGACGAGGCUCGUGUUCUAAAGUGCCUGGAUGCUGCACCUGCUUUGAAACUGUGGUUGGACCCUGUUAAAGAAAAAUCAGCUCGUUACAGAGCUGUUAAAAAGAAAGCCAUCCGUAUACAUGGCCUCUUAGUCUCGCGUGGAUGUGGACUCAAGAACGACAAAGAAGCAUCGUAUUAUCAAUAUCUGACAGGCGUUCAUCGAGCUGAAAUACGACGGCAACGAUACUACACCACAGAAUGCAAAGACUCCUACAUCUAUUACUUGAAAAGCAAAUCAAGGGGCCACGUCGGAUGUGAUGACUUCGAGGGGCGAUUGGAGAAGAUGUUCAGGGAACUUUCAACCGACCAAUUAAACGAGAAAAUAUUGAAAGUUAUUGCCACAGCACCGCAUCUGGAUAUACUAUUCGACUACAACAGCGAAAACGUUCAGGGGAUCACGGGGUGCAGCGGCAGCCGCGUUCUCGGACUUACUGAUUACGAAGAGCAGAGACUUUUUAUCGGAGGCAGAGCAACGGAAGCCGAAGUCCGGGGCACGUUUAUUCACGAUUCUUGUCAUUUGGCACUUCAUCUGGUGUAUAAAAAUGAUGGCAAGCCAUAUUUCCGCGAAGAUACAGAAAUGGAACGGCGAUACAGAGCCAUUCUGGAUGACAUAAAACGAAGAAAAGACGAUGUGGAUGUCUUGAUCCGACUAGCUUUGAUGAAAAAUGAAGAACAAGAAGCGAUUGUUCUUAUCCCAUACAUACUAACUCAAUGUGGCAGCGAUCAUGGAAAUAGGGUUCUCGAAAAGGAGGUACCAGAACUAGGAAAGUUUUUUGAGGAUACUGUCAUCCCGGACAUGCAUAAAUACAUUCAAAAUGGAAUCCCACCGAUAGAUGCGACAAUGAUAGAAAAGGAAAACGCGAGACUCAACAAAGCUUUCAACAUUGGCAAACUGAAGGUCAAUUUCGAGAACCAACCGAAGAACAGUGUCUGGGAAAACGGGUUGCUUCACGUAGUUACGGGCCCAGAACUGAGGCUUCUCGAAAUAAUGGUUCACAACGCUGUGCAAUCUACGGGACUGCCGUACGUGUUUUUCGAUGCAAAACAGCUGGACUCCGCACUGGAGGAUGUGUUACUGGACUACAGAUAUGCUUUUGCGCUUGUAACGGUCCAAGUAAACAAAAACGUCCAAAAGAUGAUUAAGCUUUUCAGUGAAGUGUCCUGUGUCACUGGAUCAAAAGUCAUCUUGCUUGUGGAAGACAGUGGCAAAGACUACGUGAUGAAACAAGUGCAAGAAGAUGUAUUCUUUGGCGAGAGGCACAAAGUUCAUAGGAUCGACGAAGCAAGCUUUGAGCACGUCACAUAUAGCUGCAAAAAAUGAGUGUUCGAAAGUUCCCGCCUAAAACUUCAGGGCCAAAACGUGGUGUUGUCUUGGCUCAACCGCAAGUACACGAAAGUGAACAUGACCAGCAUGUUAUUGUUAUUGAGGUUUGAAGCAAUGUCGCCCAUAAAAUUACUUUCUCGAAUUGCGUAGUGAACGAUGUCGCUUCGUUGGCGUUACACUGGUAUGCCGACAAACCAAAGUGUCAAUGUAGCCAGCUUUCAACCAAUGGUUAUAUUUUAAUAUUCCGAAAUCUCGUGGUGUGUAAGGGAAAAACCAGAAUAGGGUCGCCAAAACGUUAACUCGCGGUCCCGCGAAGUAUUCUGGCAACAACUAUUCCUGACUUUUUCGAUCGAUAUGUUCUCAGUGAUGGGUAGUUCUGUAGGACUACUCGAGACCGAGCGAGAUCCUACUAUCUCACCACCGCGUGCCAUUCAUGGCAGUGUUUCAGUAUGUACAAAGAUAAAUAUUAGGAAAAAGCCGAAAGAAAAAUAAUGCAUUGUACCGUGAUGCCUUCCCGUUGUCGUGCUGCCAUUCAAACCAAUUAAAACUAGAUCGGAGUGGCAGUUACUAUAGCUACUGAGCAUUCGUAUUCUUCAUUGGCUCACCACAGGCUUGCAACAUUGGACCAAUAUUGGCAGUUUCAUUGGCGUAUUACGGGACCGAGUUGCACUGCCUAUAUUGGACCAACGUAACUUAUAUUGGCUGCCAAUGUUGGACCGAUAUGGGACAAAUGAUGGUGUGUUGUUUGUAGAGUUAUAUUUACAGUUACCAAAUUAAAUCUUCGAAGGCAUGUUGUGCUUGCACCACAUCACGUAAAACUGCUUUCAUACCGCGCAUUCGUGCUGCCCAAACUCGAAUACGCAUCGGCCAUAUGGGAUCCCCAUCAAGAGUAGUUAAUUCAAGCAUUAGAGUCAGUUCAAAAUGUGCUUCAUUACAUCUAACUAUUCCAGAGACGCGAGUGUUUCACGUAUAAAGAAAAACCUUGACGUUGAUCUUCUCUCGUCAAGACGGUUGAUAGCCAGGCUGUCUCUCUUCCAUAAAAUGUAUAACACAAACACUCGCGAUCGUCUCCUAGUCCCUGCUAACUACUACAUUUCAUCUCUUCUGGACUGUAUCCAUAUGAUUAAGCUUCCUCAUUGUAAUAUCACUUCCUUUCUACAAUCAUUCUUUCGUAAAACAACUAGUGAUUGGAAUCUUCAGCCUGUCGUACACAGGACACUGCUGGUUUUAAGACAGCUCUCCUCCAAUGCAGGGCUUCACAUUCAUCAUGCUCUUCCCGUGGUGCACCUGGUCUUCUUUCCUUGUCGGCUCGAUAUUUCUUAUUUAUUUACUUACUUUUUGUGAUACUUUUGUUGUGUGUUUCUAUUGUACUUUUUCACACGUGCUACUCACCACUCCGUUAUGUAAUACGCUCUUGAGGUCUUUAAAGUACUCAAAUAAAUAAAUAAGUAAAGUCA